AUAACAGAGGAAUAAAAAUAGAGAUGUUGGAAUAUUCUGUUUCAUUCUACCUGUUCACUGGGAGUAAUAAUACAGGUACAGUGCGCAGUACAUCGUUCCAAUUUACAAGACUAUCAACGAUGAAUGUGGACAAUACAAGCAGCUAUUCCCCGAAAGAACCGUAUUUGGAAAAAUACUGGCUGUUUUGCGAGUCAAUCUUGGUUCUAUUGGCACUUUCAGUGCUGUAUUUGACUGCAUGCUUGAUUCUACACGUGCUGAAGAGAAAAACCCAAAGUCGAACAAUUUGGCAAAAAAAGUGGUUGGAAUGGCUUCCUUUAGUCAGCUCCACAUUAUUUUUUUUACGAAUAUGCAGUGACCACGUUUCAGCGUUCUAUGGGUGGCGAGAUGACGACUCUUGCUGGGUCACUGUCACAGUCAGUACGGUAUUAUUCGCUCUGUCUCUUUAUGCAGUUUACAUAUUUCUUUGGGUGAGACAGAGCAUAUUUUAUGCCGAUUCUAUCAUAAAGGAAAUUAUAAAUCCAAUUGUUACAUACGUGAGCUGGUUCACACUCGGGUUCAUGUUAUUAUCAGGACUCGCGUUAAGCAUUUUGUACAAUUUACCGCAAGCUACACAAUGGGUUUAUCGAGCCACGGCUGAUGGAUGCAAAGAAGUUUCCGUUGAUUCGCCUGAAAUUAUACCAGGAGUAGUAGCUGCGACAACAAUAACAUUUCAAGUAACUCUUCUGGUUUUGUUUGUUUAUCCAUUGAUCAGUAAAGAGACCGCACGAUUUCGAUCUACCAACAAUGGAGAACAUCAUCAGCCAUCUUCAACUCUCAGCCGAUCAGACGAACACAAGCAAAACGAAGAAGCAGAGAAUGAUACUGUCUUUCAUCCGUCACCAGAAUCUCCGGCCCAUCGACCGCAAUCCCAUCUCGUCGGAAAGGAAAAACCAAUUUCUCCUCUUGUUACAUCGGAGAAAUCACAUUUUGUUUUUACUCAAAAUGAAAUUAAAAAUUCUGUUGAUACAGAUCCAGAAAGUGGGACUGAAUUAGUUAAAGAUGAUGGUGAUAGUGUUUGGAGUGGUAAAAGUCCGACAAUUAAACGAGGAGGCACAAUGCCGCUGAAUUUAAACAGAGUAGCCAAGAGGAGAACAGUAAUUGAUCGCGUGAAGUCAGUAAAACCCGGAAGUUUUUUUUUCAGACCCAAAUCGAAUUCUCUGUCUUCAGAAAAUAUGGAGAGUCGUGCCGCGAGUGACACCGAGUCGCGAUAUUCAGGACGCGGCGUAACUUUGAAAAGAAAAGCAAAAAAAGAAAACGCGCGCGGGAGAAUGCUUGUGGCCAUGAUGAAGAAAUAUGCAAUGCUUAUGUCUGUGUGUGUAAUCACAGAUCUCGUAUCAGCUGUUAUUCAAAUAAUAUUCGUUCUACCUGAGCUGGUUUAUCUCGUGCUUUUCGACGUGAAUCUUCUGGUUAAUCUAAUAUGUGUCAUCAUGACGUUUCAAGAAUGGCAGAAAAUUCUAUUUCCUUGUGCAAUAAUCGAAUCAAACGCACUGAAUCGAAAAAAUGCUUACAAGUCAAAAGAAAAACCAACUUCGCUGAAAAAAGGAAGAAAACAAGAUCGACGAGUUGAAGCCCUCCGUCAAGAAGAAAGAAGACCGGAAUCCCGUCGUGGCACAUCAAGACGUUCAAGUGGGAGUGGAUACGAUUCUGCUGAUUCAACUUCUAGUCAUAUACAGUCACACAUAUACAGACAUGCAGUCGAAACAAAGCCUUUAAUGGCAACUUCUAGCGUUUAAUGAAGUUGCGAAUACACCCGUGUUAUAAGCUACAUUGCGCGACGAACGAACAUGCACCGAGCGUCCAUACACGUGGAUUUAUUCUGAACCUCGAAAUUUCAUCCACAAUAUUUACAUUUAGCAAAAGCAAAAAAAAUCCAAUGAACUGCGUUUUUGUACUGCAUGAAAUAACUCUUAAAAAUCAUUUGGCGAUUCUCGCGCAUAAAACGAUGAAAACUUCUGUUUUAAGAAUAUCUUAAAUUUUUUGGGGAUUUUCAUAUAUAUUAUUCAUCAAAUCGAAAGCACAUUUGAAGAAUCUCCAUUUUAUGCUUGUACUAUACUGGUGACACAUUCAGUUCAAUCUUUACUAAACUAUGUCGUAGUCCAUACCACUUGUGAUGGAGGCAUGAGUCUAAUAGUAUUAUUCGCAUAUUUUCGCUCCGAAUGAGGCAAUGUAGAAUUGGUGAUACGAUUCCAAAAUGAUAUCUCUAACAUUUGACAACAAUAUACUUAUGCCAAUCCUCGCAGAUAUUUGCAAUUGGAAGUGUUUAAUUAAAUCCGACUACAGACGCGAUAUUUAAGCUACAACUAUGCUAUCGUAGUUGGUUACAAAAAACCUAACUAAGAUUAAUCAAGCAUCUAGAAAUUUGCAAUUUAGUAAAAACCUUUUUUUUUGUAAUUCUUGGCUUUUGGUGGCAGAUUUCUGCAAUAAUAAAAUGA